AUGCCAUAUACCACAAUCCAAGAAGUGGAGAUCUUUGAUGUGUGGGGGAUUAAUUUUAUGGGGCCUUUCUUGGUUUCUUUCAGAAACCAAUACAUCUUGGUAGGAGUUGAUUAUGUCUCUAAAUGGGUAGAAGCGAAGGCUUUACCCACCAAUGAUGCCAAGGUAUUUUUGAGGUUUCUUAAGUGUUUAAUGAACUGGUUUGGGACUCCAAGGGUGAUCAUUAGUGACGGUGGGUCGCAUUUUUGCAAUAGGCAAUUCGAAGCUUUAAUUAAGAAGCAUAAUGUGUACCAUCGGGUCGCUACCCCUUACCAUCCCCAAACAAGCAGUCAAGUGGGAGUAUUGAAUAGGGAAUUGAAGAGGAUUUUGGAGAAAAAGGCGGCAGGAGAGAAGCCGAUGUUGCAAUUGAAUGAAUUGGAUGAAUUCCGGUUCAUAGCAUAUGAGAAUGCCAAACUCUAUCAAGAGAGACCAAACGAUGAGCUCGAAAACCAAAAAGGGGAGACGUUAAAGGUCAACGAACAUCGUUGCAAGCCUUCUAGGGCCUUUGGUAGAUCAAAUAGGACCUCAAGAACAGCCGCUACCCCCACAAGUCUCACUCAGAGGUAUAAUGCUCCGUUUGAAAUACGCUCUAAAGAAGAAGUGCAACGUUAUGAAGCGUGGAAAGCGAGAAAGAUUGCUACGCCGUGGAAGAUUUAUUGGCAAUCACUAGCGGAGUUGGCAAUUGACAAUAUGUGA